GUUCUCUUGGAGUUUUCCUCUAGCCUAAAGAGCAACUACAGCAACGCAGAGGUCGGCGUGCUGGGGGGGGUUGUGGAAUUGUAGAACUCGCCCAUGCAUUGUCGACUUUUUUAGGAUGGAUUGAACGGAAACCCAGCGAAAACACGGACAGAGACGUAUUUAGAACGCAUUCGAUCCAGGAAUAUUUCGUAAAUGCGAACAAAAAAUGAACAAACCAGUUCAUUUAUUACGUUCGCUGCAUCCUUCAGCGCUGGGAACAACACUGCCAACAUCCAUGUUAUUGACUGCCGCUGAAAUCAUUUUGGGGUUUUGGGACCUAAUUUAAAUCUGCGAGAGAUUAUUUAACCUUGUGUUCCUCUGGUAUUGGUAAGGGACGAGUUAAGAGCUUUGAGUGCAAGUAUAAUAUUACCGGAUAUAGCUAAUCUUGCUAGCUAACUAGCUACAUGUUUUUAAAUAAAAUAAUUUAUUCAUUAGCUUGCAAAAUGUUUGCCCUUUAAAAUGGCUGCUCAGAUCUUAUUUGAAUAGAGCGGUUGUUAAAUAAUACUAUUGCUAUAAUCUAUAUUCUAAUUCUGAUGCGAAAAUGAUUCGUCAGGAACAAUGCGUUUCUUUUUACGGAAUCUUCGUGUUUCUGUGGUUUGGAUAAUUUCACGACCUCUGUAAUAACGGGAGCCUGCAAGCACAACAUCACUGAUUAUCCCUGGCCAAAUCUUAAUGCGAAAUCAUGAUGAACAUAGAAUUAUAGGCCUCUUUUAUGUGACUGGGAUUUCCAUACGCAUAUACUUCAUUCUUGGGUAGCAGAGCUUUCUUGGUAGCUAGCGUAACGUAUUAGGCUAUGAACAUUUUAAUGGCGGAAAACGAUCGAAUAAUCCUUUUCUAAGGAUUUCCCAUAGCCACCUAUUCGGGUCACAAAUUAUUAAUUCGGGAUAAUUCUUGGAAUUAUUGAGAGAACCUGGCAACUUGAAACUGAAAAUACGGAGGUCUUACACAGCCUGCAUCUCCGCAUCUGUUCAAAAUAAUAAAAUGGAUCCGGGAAACAUGCUGGGAGACUGGAUAUUGUUUCUUUUCAGAAGGAAGAAGUGUUCUCACUUUGGAUUGCUGCGUUUCAACAAAUAUCUGUUGAUUUACAUUAUGUUCUACCUAGUAAUGCACGGCGAAGGCUCUCCUAAAUCAUGUGAUAAAAACUGCUUUUCUGGGAAAUGCUUGAAUGGGUCAUGCUUCUGCGAUCAAGGGUGGGUCGGAGAUAAGUGUCAACACUGCCAAGGAAGGUUCAAGGUAACUGAGCCGUCAGGCUUUCUGACGGACGGACCAAUCAACUACAAAUACAAGACCAAAUGCACCUGGCUCAUUGAAGGAUACCCAAAUGCGGUUCUGAGGUUACGGUUCAACCAUUUUGCUACAGAGUGCAGCUGGGACCACAUGUACGUGUACGAUGGAGACUCCAUAUACGCCCCUCUCAUCGCUGUUUUCAGUGGUCUCAUCGUUCCGGAGAUUCGAGGAAAUGAAACUGUGCCGGAAGUGGUGACCACGUCCGGAUACGCGCUCCUUCACUUCUUCAGCGAUGCUGCAUACAACCUGACCGGGUUCAACAUCUUCUACUCAAUGAACUCGUGCCCGAAUAACUGCUCGGGUCACGGGAAGUGCAGCACGGGGAACUCCAUCUCCAGCAGGGUGUACUGCGAGUGCGAUAAGUACUGGAAGGGGGAGGCCUGCGAUAUCCCGUACUGCAGGAACAACUGCGGCAGCCCAGACCACGGCUAUUGCGACCUGACCGGGGAGAAGCUCUGUGUCUGCAACGACAGCUGGCAAGGUCCAGACUGCUCCCUCUCAGUUCCGUCCAGUGAGUCCUUCUGGGUCCUCCCCAGUGUGAAGCCCUUUAGUCCCUCUGUGGGCCGGGCAUCCCAUAAGGCCGUGGUGCAGGGCACUCUUAUGUGGGUGAUCGGAGGCUACACCUUCAACUACAGUUCCUUCCAGAUGGUGCUAAAUUAUGAUCUGGAGAGCAGCACAUGGAAUGUGGUUCCCAUCAACAGUGGACCCCUGCAGCGAUAUGGCCACUCCCUGGCUCUCUACCAGGAUGAUGUGUACAUGUUUGGAGGUAAGAUGGAGGGUGGCGUGGGUAAUGUGACAGAUGAGCUGUGGGUGUUUAACCUGCCCAGCCGCUCGUGGUCGCAGCGCUCGCCCAACGUGCUGGCGCACGGCCAGAUCUACGCCGUGGAGGGACACUCCGCCCACAUCGUGGAGCUCGACAACGGGGAUGUCGUCAUGGUGGUCUUCUUCGGCUACUCGUCCAUCUACAGCUACAUCAGCAAUGUGCAGGAGUACAACCUGAGGACGAACAUGUGGCUGGUUCCGGAGACGAACGGUGCCAGCGCCCAGGGCGGGUACGGUCACAGCAGUGUGUACGACCACGUGACCAGGUCUGUGUACGUGCAUGGGGGCUACAAGGCCCUGCCGGGGAGCAAGUACGGCCUGGUGGACGACCUGUACCGCUACGAGGUGCGCUCGCGCACAUGGACGAUUCUGAGGGAGAGCGGUCUGGCGCGGUACCUCCACUCUGCUGUGCUGAUCAGCGGGGUCAUGCUGGUCUUCGGGGGAAACACCCACAAUGACACGUCGCUGAGCAACGGGGCCAAAUGCUUUUCCUCUGACUUCUUCGCUUAUGAUAUCGCCUGUGAUGAGUGGAAGGUGUUGCCGAAGCCCAACCUUCACCGUGAUGUCAACCGUUUUGGUCACUCUGCGGUCGUCAGUAACGGGUCAAUGUACUUAUUUGGAGGGUUCUCCAGUGUUUUGCUCAAUGACGUGCUGGUGUACCGGCCCCCCAGCUGUGAGGCCUUCCGCUCUCAGGAGGCGUGCCUGCAUCCAGGCCCUGAGGUUCGCUGCAUCUGGAGCAGGGGUCGCUGCGUGUCCUGGGACCCUGCCCACACCAACGGCAGCCUCCCCACCACCUUCUGCCCCCCGAAAUUCUUAGCAGCGGACGAGAGAUGUUACAGGUACUCCGACUGCUCCAGCUGCACCUCCAACACUAACGGCUGUCAGUGGUGUGAUGAUAAGAAGUGCAUCUCCAGCUCCAGCAACUUCACUUUAUCAGUAAAGAACUUCAGCAAGUGUCACAUUAGGAAGGAGCAGGUGUGCAUCCGGCUGGCUACCUGCAGGGCCUGCGCUCUCAACCUCAACUGCCAAUGGGAUCCACAGCAGCAAGAGUGCCAUGCCCUGCCUGCCCACCUGUGUGGGGAUGGCUGGAGCCGCGUUGGGGAGGCCUGUCUGCGAAUAAACUCCAGCCGUGAGAGCUACGACAACGCGCAGCACUACUGCAAGAACCUGGACGGCAGCAUCGCCUCCCUCACCAGCGCGAAGCAGGUCGACUUCAUUCUGGAGGAGCUGCAAAAGUACGAGCUGCAGGAGAAGAAGAUCUCCCCGUGGGUAGGGCUGAGGAAGAUUAACGUGUCCUAUUGGGGCUGGGAGGACUCCUCCCCCUUCACCAACACCUCCCUGCAGUGGCUCCCGGGCGAGCCCAGCGAUUCGGGGUUCUGUGCCUACCUGGACCGGGCCGAGGUGUCGGGCCUGAAGGCCAACCCCUGCACCGCCACGACUGACGGCCUCAUAUGCGAAAAACCUGUCGUGAGCCCCAAUCAGAAUGCUCGGCCAUGCAAGACACCCUGCUCCCUGCGCAACUCCUGCGCCAACUGCACCAGCCAGGCCAUGGAGUGCAUGUGGUGCAGCAGCACCAAGCGCUGCGUUGACUCCAACGCCUAUGUGAUCUCCUUUCCCUACGGACAGUGUCUGGAGUGGCAGACUGGAGAGUGUGUGGCUCAAAAUUGCUCGGGCCUGCGCACCUGUGCUCAUUGCCUGGAGCAGCCAGACUGCGGGUGGUGCAGCGACCCCAGCAACACAGGGAGGGGUCAGUGCGUGGAGGGUUCGUACAGGGGGCCCAUGAAGGGCGCGGCAUCCAAGCAGAGCCGGGACAUGGCGCUGGAGCCCGGGCUGUGUCCCAGGGACCGCGGUUACGACUGGGCCUUCAUCUCCUGUCCCGCUUGCCAGUGUAACGGGCACAGCACCUGUGUGAACGGCAGCGUGUGUGACCAAUGUAGGAACCUCACCACCGGACAGCAGUGCCAAACCUGCAUGCCGGGUUACCACGGAGACCCCACCAAUGGAGGGAAGUGCCAAGCUUGUAAGUGUAACGGACAUGCGAACGUGUGCCAGGUUCUGACGGGGAAAUGCUACUGCACGACCAAAGGCAUCAAAGGAGACCAGUGCCAGCUGUGUGACUCAGAGAAUCGUUACCUGGGCAAUCCCCUGAGGGGAACGUGUUACUAUAACCUGCUGAUUGACUACCAGUUCACGUUCAGCUUGCUGCAGGAGGAUGACCACCACUACACUGCCAUCAACUUCAUGGCCACACCCGAACAGACCAAUAAGAACCUGGAGAUGUCAAUCAAUGCUUCAAACAACUUCAACCUCAACAUCACCUGGUCUGUGGGCUCCACAGCUGGGACCAUAUCGGGGGAGGAGGUCCCCCUUGUCUCCAAGAGUAACAUCCAGGAUUACCGAGACACCUUCUCCUGCGAGAAAUUCAGCUUCCGCACAAACCCCAACAUCACAUUCUACGUCUAUGUCAGCAACUUCUCCUGGCCCAUUAAGAUCCAGAUCGCUUUCGCCCAACACAACAGCAUCAUGGACCUGGUUCAGUUCUUUGUCACGUUUUUCAGCUGUUUCCUUUCUCUGUUGCUGGUGGCGGCUGUGGUGUGGAAGAUCAAACAGACCUGCUGGGCAUCCAGGCGUAGAGAGCAACUAAUGAGAGAGCGGCAGCAGAUGGCGAGUCGGCCCUUUGCGUCGGUCGCCGUGGCGCUGGAGUCAGUUGCUGUGGCGCUGGAGGUUGGGGCAGAGCAGACAGAACUCUUGCCGGGGCCUGCUGAGGGCGCCCCAAAGCCUAUUGCUAUGGAGCCCUGCUUUGGGGGUAAGGCCGCUGUGCUCACCGUCUUCAUGUGUCUCCCUCAAGGCUCAUCCACAGUGCCACCUCCUGGCCAAUCUGGUAUCACCAUAGCCAGCGCGCUCAUAGACACAUUGCAGCACAAACCGUUGGACUUCAAAGAGAAGAGUUCGGGCAUGAAGAACCGCAAACAGCCCCCAGCACCACAUCAGGGGACGUGCGUUUGAGCCCAGCCGCCAUGACCACGACCCUGUCCCCACUCAGCACACCACCUCUAACACGACUUUGGACAAAGCGAAGCUGUGCAGCGAUCUUUAUUUUCUCGGCAAAACAGAAACUGAAGGCUGUUUUGCACCGAUGGUUUUCAUCUGCUCCUGCAAUGGAUGAAAGUAUCAACUACCAUAAGCUCCUGCUCCCUGUCUGUCCUCGCCCACUUUACCCAACCCUCCUCUUUUGGCUCCUUCCCCUCCAUCUGUCUCUACUUACCUCCUCCAACAUAUAUCUGCCCCCCCUCAUUCAAUUUCUUACCCCUGUCUCUGUCCCUUCCGCACUGGCCUCGCCCCCUUCCCACGGUCCCACAGUACCCCUUUGUGAUGAACUCUCAGCAGCCUGGACAGUGCCUCUCUGUGAUUGGCUCCCAGCAGCCUGAGACGGACACUGAGCUGAUGCUGCAUGGUUGCUGUGGGAAAUCCAGGAACAGAAAAUGAAUAAAAGACGGCAUUAUCUGUGCUGGAACACAGUGUGUGUGUGUGUAUGCGUGCGUGCAUUGUUAGUGUGUGUGAGGUGUUGCCUAACUGUGGAAAAGCAUGUUUUUUAAAGGCCAGGUACAGUCUAUAAUGAUUUGUGCUUUUAAUGAACGCUAAAUCUGCAUCUUUCAUUUUGCAGUUUUUGAAUCAGAGUUAGCAGGUUAAUUGGGACUGAUGGAAGUGUCCCCAGGUCACAAACACAAUGCACCCACAAUCUUGACAUCCUACUCUCUAUUGCCCUCUGUAAGGUGGCCUUAUUGGGAAGGGAGCACGGGGUAGGGGGGAGCAUUAGAGUGUGGAAUGUACGUCCAUGUUAGUGUUGCAGCCAGCAACAGGAGAGGGGAUCUGUACCCCGAAAGGCGUCGCCAUCUAUGUGGCGAUACUGUCUCUAGCAGCUAUGUAUACGUGUGUACGUAUGUAUUUGUGUUUUGGUGAAAAAAUGGGAGUGAGAAUGAACGUGAUGCAAGUCUCAACGCAAAUGUGAAGAACAAAUACAAUCUGUGUGUUUAAGCUUUCUGUUGUCAAUUUUGGUUACUUAUUUGUUUUGUUGGUUUUUACUAAGAGGAUGAUACUAAAUGCAUGCUCCUCCCUCCUGUAGUAAUAUCUAAGGUUAUGAUAAGCCCUACAGUAUGUUGUUAGAUAUUAUGAUAUUUUUUAAAAGAACCAUUAAUAAAUAAAAGGAUUUAUCCUUUGUCAUCAUGAAUCUGCAGUGUGUUUCAGAUUUGAACAGACUGCCGGGACAAUAAAAUAUGGAA